CGAUUGACCAAAGAGAAUGUGAAACCAUCUGGGCGCCAGAUUGGCAAGCUGAGCCAUAGCAACCCCACCAUCCUCUUUGACUAUGUAUGUAUUCUCAAGGAUUUUAUGAUAUUUUAUUCACCUACUAAAGGCAGUGUUAUGAUACAGACACUAAUAUUAGCCUUAUUUUGAGUGAUAUCUCCCCUACUCUUACUUUAACUGAGUACUUCAUCUUGACAGUGAAAAGGGCUCUGUGUCCUCUACUAUCUCCAUGGGGCAGAGAGAUCUUAUUUGAAGGCUACUAUCUUUACAAUCUGCCUUUGUAAAGAUAGGCUACUGCUGAAAAUGGGGGCUGAAUGUGAAUUUGAUUCACUGCAACUCCUUACUGGCUCAGCAGCAGGACAUUAACGGAAUGGAAAAGGUCCUCAUUGGAGGGGACUGAGACCGGAAUGAGCUGUGCUGCUCCUCUCCCUUUUAAAGCCUCCAUCUCUUCAUCGCUCAGCCUGCAGUCUGGCUGAAUGGCCUCUGCUCUGAGUGAGUGAGGAGAGUCAGACCUCCCCUGAGACUUACCUCAUCCUCCACCUUACUCAGCCUCAGCCUCCUCUCUCACCUUCCUCCCCCACCUCCACCCUACUCACUCUCAGACCCACUGUCUCUCCCCUUCCUCCCCCACCUCCACCCUACUCAGCCUCAGCACCUGUCUAUCUGUCUUCACUAAUAAUAUCAAGGUCAUGGGAAGAGACCACUCCAUUAUUUAUUCUAAAACUGGGCCUUUUAAAGCCUCUGUGCACUGACAUACACUACAGUAUGUGGACACCCCUUCAAAUGAGUCGAUCUGACUAUUUCAGCCGCACCCGUUGUUGACAGGUGUAUAAAUUUGAGCACACCGCCAUGCAAUCUCCAUAGACAAACAUUGUUAGUAGAAUGGCCUUACUGAAGAGCUCAGUGAUUUUCAAUGUGGCACCGUCAUAGAAUGCCACCUUUCCAACAAGUCAGGUUGUCAAAUUUCUGCCCUGCUAAAGCUGGCCCGGUCAACUGUAAGUGCUGUUAUUGUGAAGUGGAAACGUCUAGGAGCAGCGACGGCUCAGCCGCGAAGUGGUACGCCACACAAGCUCACAGAAAGGAAGUGCUGAAGAGCAUAGCACGUAACAAUUGUCUGUCCUAGGUUGCAACACUCACUACAGAGUUCCAAACUGCCUCUGGAAGCAACGUCAGCACAAGAACUGUUCGUCGUGAACUUCAUGAAAUAGGUUUCCAUGGCUGAGCAGCUGCACACAAGCCUAAGAUCACCAUGCGCAAUGCCAAGUGUCGGCUGGUGUGGUGUAAAGCUCGCUGCCAUUGAACUUUGGAAACGUUCUCUGUAGUGAUGAAUCACGCUUCACUAUCUGGCAGUCCGACGGACAAAUCUGGGUUUGGCGGAUGCCAGGAGAACGCUACCUGCCCCAAUGCAUAGUGCCAACUGUAAAGUUUGGCGGAGAAGGAAUAAUGGUCUGGGGCUGUUUUUCAUGGUUCGGGCUAGGCCCCUUAGUUCCAGUGAAGGGAAAUUUUAGCACUACAGCAUACAAUGACAUUCUAGACGAUUCUGUGCUUCCAACUUUGUGGCAACCGUUUGGGAAGGCCCUUUCCUGUUUCAGCAUGACAAUGCCCCCGUGCACAAAUGGUUUGUUGAUCGGUGUGCAAGAACUUGACUGGCCUGCACAGAGCCCUGACCUCAACCACAUCGAACACCUUUGGGAUGAAUUGGAACGCCGACUGCGAGCCAGGCCUAAUCGCCCAACAACAGUGCCCAACCUCACUAAUGCGCUUGUGGCUGAAUGGAAGCAAGUCCCCGCAGCAAUGUUCCAACAUCUAGUGGUAAGCCUUCACACAAGAGUGGAGGCUGUUAUAGCAGCAAAGGUGAGACCAACUCCAUAUUAAUGCCCAUGAUAUUGGAAUGAGAUGUUCGACGAGCGGGUGUCCACAUACUUUUGGCCAUGUAUAGGCCAUUUGGGGAGGAACAGGGGAGUCUGAUGGCAUACUGUCACAGUGGGAGUGCAGGGAUGUAGUGUAACAUGUAAUAAGGUGGCUUUACCAGGAGAGAGGAUAAUAAAGUUUAAGGGACCUUCAGAGGACACUGCAGAGCAAUAGCCUUGUUUUCUCAGACCAUUUGGAAUUUUAUUCUAGAAUCAAAAAAAAAAAAAUAAUCAAUGUGCACUGAGUCUACAAAACAUUGGGAACACCUGCUCUUUCUAUGACAUAGACUGAACAGGUGAAAGCUAUGAUCCCUUAUUGAUGUCACAUGUUAAAUCCACUUCAAUCAGUGUAGAUGAAGGGGAGGAGACAGGUUAUAUAUAGAUUUUUAAGCCUUGAGACAAUUGAGACAUGGAUUGUGUAUGUGUGCCAUUCGGAGGGUGAAUGGGCAAGACAAAAUAUUUAAGUGCCUUUGAACGGGGUAUGGUAGUAGGUGCCAGGCUACUGGUUUGAGUGUGUCAAGAACUGCAACGCUGUUGGGUUUUUCAUGCUAAACAGUUUCCCGUGUGUAUUAAGAAUGGUGCACCACCCAAAGGACAUUCAGACAACUUGACACAACUGUGGGAAGCAUUGGAGUCAACAUGGGCCAGCAUCCCUGUGGAACGCUUUCAACACCUUGUAGAGUCAUGCCCUUACAAAUUGAGGCUGUUCUGAGGGCAAAAGGAGGUGCAACUCAGUAUUCGGAAGGUGUUCUUAAUGUUUUAUACACUCAGUGUAUAUAACAGCUGGGUGGAUGUUUUAGAUAUCAUCUUAUCUUUUAUGAUCAUCCUCUGGCAGGUGUUGUGUAUGCGUGUGAUGAGGCCUGUUGUUGUGCCUGUAUUGUAUUAACCAGGUAUUAUUGUCCCUCUCAGAUCCUGUCUCAGAUCCAGUGGUAUGACAACCUCAUCGGUCCAGUGGUAGACUCCCUUAAAUACCUCACCUCACUCAACUAUGACGUCAUGGCCUGUAUCCUUAAUCUGCCAUUUCGUGACUUGCAGUUUUUGCCCAUGUAUUUAUACAUAUUCAGAACUAUGUUUAAGCAUGUAUUUGGAAUGCUAACGUAGGCAGAAUGUAUUAAGACGUGCAGUGUUGUACCCCUUAACUUAUUGCCUAUAGAUUGCAUCAUUGAAGCGCUGGCAAAUCCAGAGAAAGAGAAGAUGAAACAUGACGACACUACGAUCUCCUCCUGGCUUCAGAGUGAGUUCACUAACUGAAUCCUACAGAUGAAGAACCAAAUGUGUGCGUUUUGAAAAAAAAUUGAUUGACUUCAUUGCAAAAGAAGUAUGAUACCAAAAACUAGCACAAUAAUUGAGAGAAGUGUGAUGUCAUUCUUUUAAAAUAAUGACAGUCUUGAUGACGUAUACACGUUCCGAAAAAAAGUAUAUAUUUGACAAUAUCAGAAUUUUUCUAAAUGCACAUAGUGCCUUUUUACAUAAGUAUUCAGACUCUUUGCUAUGAGACUCGAAAUUGAGCUCAGGUGCAUCCUGUUUCCAUUGAUCAUCCUUGAGAUGUUUCUACAACUUGAUUGGAGUCCACCUGUGGUAAAUUCAAUUGAUUGGACAUGAUUUGGAAAGGCACACACCUGUCUAUAUAAGGUCCCACAGUUGACAGUGCAUGUCAGAGCAAAAACCAAGCCAUGAGCGGCAGGUUGCUUAGUGGGUAAGAGCGUUGUGCCAGUAACCGAAAGGUCGCUGGUUCUAAUCCCCGAGCCGACUAGGUGAAAAAUCUGUCUGUGCCCUUACGCAAGGCACUUAACCCUAAUUGCUCCUCGAAGUCGCUCUGGAUAAGAGCAUCUGCUAAAUGACUAAAAUGUAAAUGUAAAUGAGCACCUAAAGACUCUCAGGCCAUGAGAAACAAGAUUCUGGAGGAAACCUGGCACCAUCCCUACGGUGAAGCAUGGUGGUGGCAGCAUCAUGCUGUGGGGAUGUUUUUCAGCAGCAGGGACUGGGAGACUAGUCAGGAUCGAGGCAAAGAUGAACGGAGCAAAGUUCAGAGAGAUCCUUGAUGAAAACUUGCUCCAGAGCGCUCAGGACCUCAGACUGGGGGCAAAGGUUCAUCUUCCAACAGGACAACGACCCUAAGCACACAGCCAAGACAACGCAGGAGUGGCUUCGGGACAAGUCUCUGAAUGUCCUUGAGUGGCCCAGCCAGAGCCCGGACUUGAACCCGAUCGAACAUCUCUGGAGAGACCUGAAAAUAGCUGUGCAGCAACGCUCCCCAUCCAACCUGACAGAGCUUGAGAGGAUCUGCAGUGAAGAAUGGGAGAAACUCCCCAAAUACAGGUGUGCCAAGUUUGUAGCGUCAUACCCAAGAAGACUCAUGGCUGUAAUCGCAGCCAAAGGAGCUUCAACAAAGUACUGAGUAAACAGUCUGAAUAAUUAAGUAAAUGUGAUAUUUUAAUAAAUUAGCAAAACAUUCUAAAAACCAGUUUUUGUCUUGUCAUUAUGGGGUAUUGUGUGUAAAUUGAUGACAAAAAACAACUUAAUCAAUUUUAGAAUAAGGCUGUAACGUAACAACAUUUGGAAAAAGUCAAGGCGUCUGAAUACUUUCCAAAGGCACUGUAUAUGGUUCUUCCUUGCAAGGGUUCAACUACAGCAAUGUGGGGGCGGGAUUAUUUGACAUGGAUUGUAUUCAGUUGGGAGAAAAUAUUUGGAAAUGUAGUGAAACAUGGAGGUACUACCUGAACUUUUCCAUUAAGAACACACAUUUUUGUUUUCCAUUACAAAAUGUUUUGCUACAGUGUACCCUACCAAACACGACCCUGAUGUCACGAAUCAGUGUUAUUAUCAAAGAGGCAUUAAGGUGUACUUUUUUGAUCCAUGUAGUUACAUCCCAGUGCAACUCUAUACUUUAGUUGACUGUAUUUUAUGUAACAUAUGUAUGUCUGCUUGCCAACUGAUUGACUGCUGACUUUUCUCCUGUCUCCUAUCUCCAGGCCUGGCCAGUCUGUGUGGAGCAGUGUUCAGGAAAUACCCAAUCGAGUUGGCCGGCCUCCUCCAGUAUGUGACCAAUACGCUGAAAGCAGGGAAGAGGUAACUAUAACUCCUGUGCUGGCAGACGGUGCCUCAAUGACUUGCUGGAUCUGAUGUGAUUCAUAGUGAUGGAGUCUGUCGCUCAUAGUCAGUCAACUGGGGUCCCCUCCGUCUCUGUCUGGUUUCUCAUGAAUCAAAACCGGGAUGGACGUAGUCUGUUCCUCCUGUAGCAGUAUAAGGCCAGGGCCUAGGGCUGAGAGCGAGAGGGGCAGAGGGAGAUGGAGAGGGGUCUGAACUGUUGUGCCUCCCUGCAGGGAUCUGAACUGGGCAGAGCUGCUGAGUAAUGUGGUGUUGAUGAGGAGGCUGCUGACUGUGGGGGUUUGGGCUCCCAAAGAGGAGGAGGGAAGGGUAAUUAUAUCAGCGCUGGUCUCCCUGUAAUGCCUGGAGUCGGCAGGUAGUGAAUCACACUGGGCUCCAUGGCCACUCUCUCAUCUCAUCUCUCUCUCCCCAUCUCGAUCUAUCUCUCCCUCCCUCCCUCCCUCCCUCUCUCUCUCUCUCCCUCCCUCCCUCCCUCUCCCAUCAGUUCAGAUCAGUCCUUUCCAGGGCCAGGGAUGCAGGGGAAGUAAAUAGAGGUGGCACUCUGCCACAGCGCCAAUGAAACAGCAUGGAAUAUAAUUCUGUCAUGUAGAUUUGCUGAAUUAUGUUAUUAUUAGUGCGCUGUCCUUAGCUACUCCCACAGUUGUUUUCGCCCCCAACCUUGUUUGUUUUUUUACCUAUGUUUAUUUUUGUGUAUGCGCACAUGUUAUUUGUUUGUCUGCGUUCACAAAUAUGUAUACAAUGUGAUUAUGUUGUCCCGUCCCCCGCUGCAGUUUUGACCUGCUGAUUCUAAAAGAGGUGGUGCAGAAGAUGGCCGGCAUCGAGAUCACUGACGAGAUGACGUCAGAGCAGAUGGAAGCUAUGACUGGAGGGGAGCAGCUCAAAGCUGAGGUACAGGACCAUGUUUGGUCUGACUUGGAACACCAUGACCAGCUCAAAGCUGAGGCACAUUGCGUUAGUUGGCUAUUGCUCAGCAUGACUUGAAACAAUUCAAUUAUAUUUUCUGUCCCCAGGGUGGUUACUUUGGUCAGAUCCGUAACACUAAGAAGUCGUCCCAGCGUCUAAAGGAUGCCCUGUUGGACCAUGAUCUGGCCCUGCCCCUCUGUCUCCUCAUGGCCCAGCAACGCAACGGGGUGGUCUUUCUGGAGGGGGGCGAGAAACACCUCAAACUGGUGGGCAAGCUGUACGACCAGGUACGUACUGAACCCCUUUACAGCAUUACUUACACUACCAGUCAAAAGUUUGGACACACUUACUCAUUCAAGGGUUUUUUUAUUAUUUUUUACAUUGUAGUAAAAGUGAAGACAUCAAAACUAUGAAAUAACACAUAUGGAGUCAUGUAGUAAAGAAAAAGUGUUAAACAAAUCAAAGUAUAUUUUAUAUUUGAGAAUCUUCAAAUAGCCACCCUUUGCCUUGAUGACAGCUUUGCAUUCUCUCAACCAGCUUCACCUGGAAUGCUUUUCCAACGGUCUUGAAGGAGUUCCCACAUAUGCUGAGCACUCGUUGGCUGCUUUUUCUUCACUCUGCGGUCCAACUUAUCCCAAACCAAUUGGGUUAAUGUCAGGGAAUUGUGGAGGUCAGGUCAUCUGAUGUAGCACUCCAUCACUCUCCUUCUUGGUAAAAUAGCCCUUAUACAGCCUGGAGGUGUGUUGGGUCAUUGUCCUGUUGAAAAACAAAUGAUAUUCCCACUAAGCCCAAACCAGAUGGGAUGGCGUAUCGCUGUAGAAUGCUGUGGUAGCCAUGCUGGUGAAGUGUGCCUUGAAUUCUAAAUAAAUCACAGACCGUGUCACCAGCAAAGCACCCCCACGCCAUAACACCUCCUCCUCCAUGCUUUACGGUGGGAAAUACACAUGCAGAGAUCAUCCGUUCACCCACACCGCGUCUCACAAAGACACGGUGGUUGGAACCCAAAAUCUCCAAUUUGGUCUCCAGAACAAAGGAUACAUUUCCACCGGUCUAAUGUCCAUUGCUCGUGUUUCUUGGCCCAAGCAGGUCACUUCUUCUUAUUGGUGUCCUUUAGUAGUGGUUUCUUUGCAGCAAUUCGACCAUGAAGGCCUGAUACACACAGUUCCCGCUGAACAGUUGAUGUUGAGAUGUGUCUGUUACUUGAACUCUGUGAAGCAUUUAUUUGGGCUGCAAUUUCUGAGGCUGGUAACUCUAAUGAACUUAUCCUCUACUUCGGAGUUAACUCUGGGUCUUCCAUUCCUGUCGCGUUCCUCAGAAAAGCCAGUUUCAUCAUAGCGCAUGAUGGUUUUUGCGACUGCACUUGAAGAAACUUUCAAAGUUCUUGAAAUGUUCCGUAUUGACUGACCUUCAUGUCUUAAAGUAAUGAUGGACUGUCGUUUCUCUUUGCUUAUUUGAGCAGUUGAAAUGCAUUCCAGGUGACUACCUCAUGAAGCUGGUUGAGAGAAUGCUAAUAUUGUGCAAAGCUGUCAUCAAGGCAAAGGGUGGCUAUUUGAAGAAUCUCAAAUAUAAAAUAUAGUUUGAUUUGUUUAACACUUUUCUGUUUACUACAUGAUUCUAUAUGUGUCAUUUCAUAGUUUUGAUGUCUUCACUAUUAUUCUACAAUGUAGAAAAUAGUAAAAAUAAAGUAAAACCCUGGAAUGAGUAGGUGUGUCCAAACUUUUGACUGGUACUGUACACUAGUUUCACGCCUUGGAGGGUUCUCCCAUUUAGAGUUAAUUAAAUAGUCAAUCUGUCAUUGCCUUUAAAAUAGCAUAUUGAUAAGCACAGAGGGUAACUUGAAGUCAUGUCGAUAAGCUACAUCAGGGGAGUGCAGAUGAAUGGAAUCCUCCCCUUUUCUCAUUACUAAAAUUCUUAAACAUUACACAGCUGACAAUUAUGUUUGGUUCAAUUCCCCCAUGUUGCCUGGAGCUGUGAGCUUUCCUCAGCGAUAAUCUAAAAGAUUGCCUCUUUGCAGUAUUGGGCCACAUUGAUGGAUGGUUUGAAUAAACCAGGUUGUGUCUUUAAACGAAUGAGAAGCUAUGGGACUAAUAGCACACAAACAUGGCUGUGCAAUAAGGGAGAAUGAACUCUCUGGCUGUGUCCAAAAUAGAUGGCUGUGUCCUAUUUCCUAUAUAGAGCACACAGGAGGCUGCUGAGGGGAGGACGGCUCAUAAUAGUGGACAGAACGGAGUAAAUGGAAUGGCAUCAAACCCAUGGAACCAUGUUUGAUACAUUCAGCUGAUUCCACGCCAGCCAUUACCACGAGCCCGUCCUCCCCAAUUAAGGUGCCACCAACCUCCAGUGAUAGAGAACUACUUUUGACCAGUGGUUUGAACCGGUUCAGGGAACAGAACAUAAAUCAACAAACAUUUUUGAGGAACAGAAUCAGAACCAGGAACGGAAGUGAUCAAAUCAAAUUGUAUUUGUCACAUGCGCCGAAUACAACAGGUGUAGACCUUACAGUGAAGUUCUUACUUACACGCCCUUAACCAACAAUGCCGUUUUAAGAAAAAUACAUGUUAAGUAAACAAUAGAUAAGUAAAAAAAAAAUAAAAGUAGUAAAAUAACAGUAAAAAUAACAGUAGCGAGGCUAUAUAAAGGGGUUACCGGUACAGAGUCAAUGUUCCAGGGCACCAGUUAGUCGAUACUGUUUCGGAACAGAACCGUUGUUUUCAAAGCAAAUGCAAAGCCCUCACUCAGUAACUCAGAAACGUAUUCCCGUGUCUGCCUGCCAGCUGAAAGUCUUUGCCAGUGUGUGCGUGUGUCGGCAACCUGCCCCUCCCCCUCUGAGUCUUAGGCUGCUGCAGCCUACUGACGUUACAAGCAUGAUUCGGAAAAAAGGGAGAGACUUUUCAUUAGAGAAGAAUCAAUUAACUUUUUCAAUGCUAGUUACAGAUACUAUAGUUACAGUGAGGGAAAAAAAGUAUUUGAUCCCCUGCUGAUUUUGUACGUUUGCCCACUGACAAAGACAUGAUCAGUCUAUAAUUUUAAUGGUAGGUUUAUUUGAACAGUGAGAGACAGAAUAACAAAAAAAAUUUCCUGAAAAACGCAUUUAAAAUUUUUUAUACAUUGAUUUGCAUUUUAAUGAGGGAAAUAAGUAUUUGACCCCUCUGCAAAACAUGACUUAGUACUUGGUGGCAAAACCCUUGUUGGCAAUCACAGAGGUCAGACUUUUCUUGUAGUUGGCCACCAGGUUUGCACACAUCUCAGGAGGGAUUUUGUUCCACUCCUCUUUGCAGAUCUUCUCCAAGUCAUUAAGGUUUCGAGGCUGACGUUUGGCAACUCGAACCUUCAGCUCCCUCCACAGAUUUUCUAUGGGAUUAAGGUCUGGAGACUGGCUAGGCCACUCCAGGACCUUAAUGUGCUUCUUCUUGAGCCACUCCUUUGUUGCCUUGGCCGUGUGUUUUGGGUCAUUGUCAUGCUGGAAAACCCACCCACAACCCAUUUUCAAUGCCCUGGCUGAGGGAAGGAGGUUCUCACCCAAGAUUUGACGGUACAUGGCCCCGUCCAUCGUCCCUUUGAUGCGGUGAAGUUGUCCUGUCCCCUUAGCAGAAAAACACCCCCAAAGCAUGUUUCCACCUCCAUGUUUGACGGUGGGGAUGGUGUUCUUGGGGUCAUAGGCAGCAUUCCUCCUCCUCCAAACACGGCGAGUUGAGUUGAUGCCAAAGAGCUCCAUUUUGGUCUCAUCUGACCACAACACUUUCACCCAGUUCUCCUCUGAGUCAUUCAGAUGUUCAUUGGCAAACUUCAGAUGGCCCUGUAUAUGUGCUUUGUUGAGCAGGGAGACCUUGCGGGCGCUGCAGGAUUUCAGUCCUUCACGGCGUAGUGUGUUACCAAUUGUUUUCUUGGUGACUAUGGUCCUAGCUGCCUUGAGAUCAUUGACAAGAUCCUCCCGUGUAGUUCUGGGCUGAUUCCUCACCGUUCUCAUGAUCAUUGCAACUCCACGAGGUGAGAUCUUGCAUGGAGCCCCAGGCCGAGGGAGAUUGACAGUUCUUUUGUGUUUCUUCCAUUUGCGAAUAAUCGCACCAACUGUUGUCACCUUCUCACCAAGCUGCUUGGCGAUGGUCUUGUAGCCCAUUCCAGCCUUGUGUAGGUCUACAAUCUUGUCCCUGACAUCCUUGGAGAGCUCUUUGGUCUUGGCCAUGGUGGAGAGUUUGGAAUCUGAUUGAUUGCUUCUGUGGACAGGUGUCUUUUAUACAGGUAACAAGCUGAGAUUAGGAGCACUCCCUUUAAGAGUGUGCUCCUAAUCUCAGCUCGUUACCUGUAUAAAAGACACCUGGGAGCCAGAAAUCUUUCUGAUUGAGAUGGGGUCAAAUACGUAUUUCCCUCAUUAAAAUGCAAAUCAAUUUAUAAAAAAAUUUAAAUGCGUUUUUCUGGAUUUUUUUGUUCAAAUACUUUUUUCCCCUCACUGUAUCACGUUUCACGUUGGCUUUAUUAACUACAAAAAGGUAAGACGUUUUUUUAAUUCUGGUGGCGCUCUGCACACACAAGAUUGUUAGCUAGCUCUGGUCCAACUUUAAGCCAACUCUCGGGAAGUUCAAAGACAUUCAAAUUUCCUCCAUAGAACCCGCUCCUCCGUCGCUAUAAUUCUGUGGGCCAAAUUCAGAUAAUGCAUUUCAUAACAAUGCCCCGUGCUUCAAGCCAAGCCUCCUCCACCCACUCUCACUCUCCCCACCCGCAAAAUGUCAGUUGCAUCUCGCGCCCUCCACUUGUCUGUCCAUCGCACAUGUAAACGACUUACAAAUUGAAUGCACCAAUUUGUAAGUCGCUCUGGAUAAGAGCGUCUGCUAAAUGAUGUUAAUGUAAUGUAGCCUAGGCAGCCAAUAGCGCCCAUGUACUAUCGGCUGCCUAGGCUAAAACAACUACAGCUUGCCCGCUCCAUAGCAAACUGCUCUAAGCUGCUCUAUCCGCACUGAUUGGUGAAGUAAUUUAAUGUCAAGCAGAGGUUUAAAAAGGACCAAUAUAAACCGGUACUUUUUUUGGUACGAACCAGUUCAGAACAUUAUUUUGCAUGUCGGAACAGUGGAAUGGAAUGAGGAAAAAGUAUGAUUCUGUUUAGAACUAAACUAUUGGAAAAUUAUUUUGAUUCCAACCCCUGCUUUUGACCAGAGCCCAAAAGUAGUGCACUAAAUAUGGAUAAGGGUGCCAUUCUCUGACUCCCUGUCCCCUGGCUACAGUGUCACGACACCCUAGUGCAGUUUGGUGGCUUCCUGGCCUCCAACCUGAGUACUGAGGACUACAUCAAGCGUGUUCCCUCCAUUGACAUCCUCUGUAACCAGUUCCACACUCCCCACGACGCUGCCUUCUUCCUCUCACGCCCCAUGUAUGGACAUCAGAUCCUGGUGAGUAGUCUCUCCUUCCCUCUGGCACUUCACCUUUAGUCUGUACAGUAUGACCAAUGGAUACCGCGAGUAUAAACUAUCUACUAAUAAAUUCAAUACAUAAGACUGUAACUUUGAAUUGAUGUGCACUGUAAUGCUUUGAGAACACUGGCCAUGUAGAACCCUGAAAGAAGGAUGGUUUCAGUUCGAGAGGGCGACAGCCGCCCUCCAUGCCAUGUGCUGUGUAACCGGAUUUACUGUCCCCCUGGCCGGACUUGAAACAUCCCGAGGUGCCUCUCUGCUGCCGUCACACGGCAUGGUCACGCCAUCUGAACAAUCACAUCUGACACGCAUCCAUCAUGAGGAAAUUGACUCAGUCAGGUUGUGUGUCUGGGAACAGAUCAGACCCACUGUCCUGCUGGGAGUCAUGUAUAGUACAGCACCAUGGACAGGCUGACCCAGGCUGCUGCUUUCAAAGCCAGGGAGAAUCGGACUGUAAACUCCUAUACUGAAACAUACUGUAUAUCAACCCGUUUGUGAAUCUUACCAUGUAAAGGAGACAGUAACUGAGUGUCCCCUCCUCUCUCCCUAGUCUAAGUAUGAUGAGCUGAAGAAAGCUGAGAAGAGCAACCGGCAGCAGCAGAAGGUCCAUAAGUACGUGGCUGCGUGCGAGCUGGUGAUGUCGCCGGUGCACGAGGCCGUGGUGUCCCUGCACCCGCCCCGUGUCUGGGAUGACCUCCGACCCCAGUUCUACGCCACCUUCUGGUCGCUGACCAUGUACGACCUGGCCGUGCCACACAACGCCUACGACCGCGAGGUGAAGAAGCUCCAGGUCCAGGUCAAGGCUAUCGAGGAGAACCCUGAUGUGGUGAGUCACAUCAUCAUGGUCGUGUUCAUUAGAGCAUACAACGGACACCGCAUUCAAACCAAAAUUAGCUUUUCUUAUUGGUCAAGUCCAGAUCCUGUUCCCCCCUUUGUCAGUCUGUUUUCUUCAAUUUGGUGCCUGAUACUAUAAACACGACUCAGGCAUCUAUCAGACCCCUUGAUGACAACACAUUUUUAUUACAUUUUAGCAGUGGUUGAAAAAGUACCCAAUUGUCAUACUUGAGUAAAAGUAAAGAUAUCUUAAUAGAAAAUUGUGAAAAAGUGAAAGUCACCUAGUAAAAUACUACUUGAGUAAAAGUAUUUGGUUUGAAAUAUAUUUAACUAUCAACAGUAAAAGUAUAAAUAAGCCAGGGGCACACUACAACACGCAGACAUCAUUUACAAAUGAAGCGUUUGUGUUUAACGAGUCCGCCAGAUCAGAGGCAGUAGGGAUGCCCAGGGAUGUUCUCUUGAUAAGUGUGUGAAUUGGGUCAUUUUUCCUGUCAUGCUAAGCAUUCAAAAUAUACUGUAACUAGUACUUUUGGGUGUCAGGGAACAUUUUCCCUCAAAGUAGUUAUCAGUGAAGUCGGCGCUAGUAGGAAAAGACAACACUGAAGCACGUAGAGACUAUUCUCAUCUUCCAGUUCAUCUAAAUGCAAUGUUCUCCAAUUAUCACUUGACUUGGAGGGUAAUGGUAAAAGUGUACUGUAAUUGUAUUGUGCUUGACCUCUAAGUUGUUAUUAGUGUUUUCUCUCUGUAUGUGUUCACCCUGUCUAAACAGCAGCCUGCUUGUCUGUCUAUGGUGUCUGUCUGUAGCCGAUGAACAAGAAGAAGAAGGAGAAGGAGCGUUGCACGGCCCUACAGGACAAGCUGCAGGAAGAGGAGAAGAAACAGCUGGAGCACGUCCAGAGGGUCCUGCACCGCCUCAAACUAGAGAAGGACAACUGGCUCCUCGCCAGUAAGAUGAUUUUUGCGCUCGCUCUCUAUUUCUCCUUCUCUCUCCCUCCCCCUCUAUCUCUCACAGACACAGACACCGCUGACUGCUCAUCACAGCACUAAUCCCAGCAGACCCUCCCUUACCCAGCUUUCUGUUCCCAUUGGGGGACAAUACUGAAUUGGGACAGUAACACCACAGUCAAACCCCCUCAGCUCCCAGGAGGCUUCACAAAACCAGCCUCACCUUGUUUGUUUUAGCCCAGUUAACGGGCAUGACGAGUUGUUUGAUGUAAUGGCCCCAAAGUCUGUUUUAGAGGAUCUGGGCUAAUGGCAGAUGACAACUCUCCCAUUUCAUUAAAGAAAACGUCAGUCAUAUUAACGAUUUCACUGUACAGCUAUACAACCCACGCUAAUGACAUUUUAAAAGAGUGGGUUUAACCUCAAAUCUUGUUUGAAGAAUUACCUCUGAGUCACUCUAAAGAUGAGUCAUGCGAGUUAGUUGAUGGUAAGUCUAAUUCACUGUUCUCACAUCCUUCUUUUUAUCAAUCCCUUCCCUCUCCCUCGCUCAGAAUCCACCAAGAAUGAGACCAUCACUAAGUUCCUGCAGCUGUGUCUGUUUCCUCGCUGUAUCUUCUCUGCCAUCGACGCUGUGUACUGUGCCCGCUUUGUGGAGCUGGUGCACCAGCAGAAGACCCCCAACUUCUGCACCCUGCUCUGCUAUGACCGGGUGAGACUUCUCCCUUUCUCUCUCUUUCUUGCUCUCACCUUUCUGCCUUUUUGCCCUCUACUAUCUCUGGUUGUCACAUGUCAUUAUACCAUGGGAUUUCCGUCACUUAGUUACUCCGCCCUGACCUCCUAACUGUGUUGCAUGGUCCUAUCUGCAGGUGUUCUCUGACAUCAUCUACACGGUGGCCAGCUGCACGGAGAACGAGUCGCGGCGCUACGGACGCUUCCUGUGCUGCAUGCUGGAGACGGUGACCCGCUGGCACAGCGACCGCGCUGUCUACGAGAAGGUGAGGUGACCACCUAUCUCGAUCUCACACACAUUACUUUCUCCCUCUCUCUCUCUCGCACUCACUCACACACUCAUACACACACACACACACACACAUUACAUCCUCUCUCUCAGUAAUGUGUGUUAACAUUUCAUCUUGUCUGUUUGUUGUUCCCUCUUCAAGGAGUGUGGUAACUACCCAGGCUUCCUGACCAUUUUCAGAGCCACAGGCUUUGACGGAGGGAACAAAGCAGACCAGCUGGACUAUGAGAACUUCAGACAUGUGGUGCACAAAUGGCACUACAAGCUGACUAAAGUGAGUUUCUCCCUUUGUUUCAUUGCCUUCUGAAGAAGUCAAUCUGGUCUUUUUGUCUUAUUAACUCCUAUUCAUUUACUAGCAUUAUUCAGAAUUCAAUAGUUUAAAUGAAAGGAAACGUGACCAACAACGCUAGCAGGAAAUAGUACCCGCUCAAACUGAGUGAGAAGCUCCUCAAACGUGAAGAGUCAUGUCUCCUCUGUAUAUGUACAGUAUAAUCGGAGCGCAGUGGAAUGUGUGAAUGCAGCAAUACACCCCUCCUCCCCUCUCUCCCUCUGUGCCCUCCAGGCAUCAGUCCACUGCUUGGAGACGGGGGAGUACACCCACAUCCGGAACAUCCUGAUCGUGCUGACCAAGAUCCUGUCCUGCUACCCAAAAGUGCUGAACCUGGGCCAGGCGCUGGAGUGCCGCGUCCACAAGAUCUGUCUGGAGGAGAAGGAGAAGAGGCCAGACCUCUAUGCCUUAGCCAUGGGGUAACACAGAGUCUACCAGCCGCAUUGUGUGCAGUGCAGCACAGUCACAGUUUACUAUCAUUGUGGGGGUUGUAAUUUAUUGUGGGGCAUAAGUGGCAAGUGGUUACCUAGCAUUUUGCUGUAAGCAUUUUCAGUUUGUUGUGAAGCUAGUACCAACAAAUGGUGGUGUUAAAUGGAGGUGUGUACUUUUAAUGCAAAAAUAACUACAGAGGUAUAAAUGAAGUAGUAUUGGAUGAAUUAUAAUUAGGGAAGGUUGAGUUGUACUUGUUGUGGAUUAUCUAAACAGAGUUGUGAGAACAGCUCAGUGAUCUUCGUACUUUGUCUUUUUUAUUUUAUUUUUAUUUAUUUUUUUCACCUUUAUUUAACCAGGUAAGCCAGUUGAGAACAAGUUCUCAUUUACAACUGCGACCUGGCCAAGAUAAAGCAAAGCAGUGCGAUAAAAACAACAACACAGAGUUACAUAUGGGGUAAAACAAAACAUAAAGUCAAAAAAUACAACAGAAAAUAUAUAUACAGUGUGUGCAAAUGUAGCAAGUUAUGGAGGUAAGGCAAUAAAUAGGCCAUAGUGCAAAAUAAUUACAAUUAGUAUUAACACUGGAAUGCUAGAUGUGCAAGAGAUUAUGUGCAAAUAGAGAUACUGGGGUGCAAAAGAGCAAAAUAAAUAACAAUAUAGGGAUGUAGUUGGGUGGGCUAAUUUCAGAUGGGCUGUGUACAGGUGCAGUGAUCGGUAAGGUGCUCUGACAACUGAUGCUUAAAGUUAGUGAGGGAGAUAAGAGUCUCCAGCUUCAGAGAUUUUUGCAAUUCGUUCCAGUCAUUGGCAGCAGAGAACUGGAAGGAAUGGCGGCCAAAGGAGGUGUUGGCUUUGGGAAUGACCAGUGAGAUAUACCUGCUGGAGCGCAGACUACGGGUGGGUGCUGCUAUGGUGACCAAUGAGCUAAGAUAAGGCGGGGAUUUGCCUAGCAGUGAUUUAUAGAUGGCCUGGAGCCAGUAGGUUUGAGGACGAACAUGUAGUGAGGACCAGCCAACAAGAGCGUACAGGUCACAGUGGUGGGUAGUGUAUGGGGCUUUGGAGACAAAACGGAUGGCACUGUGAUAGACUACAUCCAAUUUGCUGAGUAGAGUGUUGGAGGCUAUUUUGUAAAUGACAUCGCCGAAGUCAAGGAUCGGUAGGAUAGUCAGUUUUACGAAGGCAUGUUUGGCAGCAUGAGUGAAGGAGGCUUUGUUGCGAAAUAGGAAGCCGAUUCUAGAUUUAACUUUGGAUUGGAGAUUCUUAAUGUGAGUCUGGAAGGAGAGUUUACAGUCUAACCAGACAUCUAGGUAUUUGUAGUUGUCCACAUACUCUAGGUCAGACCCAUCGAGAGUGGUGAUUCUAGUCGGGUGGGCUAGUUGUAGUGACUAGUAGAGGAUGAGCCUUAAGGAGCUGGUGUGGUAAUGAGGGCUGAUAAUUCAUUAAGGUGUGGGCCUAGUCUAGCUGACUGUCUGCCUGCUUGGGAUUCAGUCAGUCACCUGGUGCUGCUGUAAAGCACUUCAGACAGCUAAACAAACAUAAUCCUCUACAGAGCUUUACAGGAUGUACCUGGCAAAUCCUCACUUAGAGAGAUACCGAUCUCGUGUGUGUGUGUGUGUGUGUGUGUGUAUGUUAGGGAUGUAACGAUUCACCGAUACGCAUCGACCCCUAGUUCAAAUGUUUAAGAUGCAAGCGCAUCGGUCCACGGGAGCCCAAACCGAUCCAAAUGAAGCAUGCAUUGGUAAGAAAAAGUAUUAAAACGUUACGAAAUCGCCGUUUCACAAACGUUUUAUUAUUUUGUUCUGCCUUAUUCCGAAAAAUACUUAUAAUCUGUUGUGACUGAAUUGAUGCUUCCUCUCCUUCAGCCUAUCAAACUUGUAUGCAUGUAACUGUGUAUGACUUUGAUCUACAAGUCAGAUAACAACUGUGUGCACAGUGCAGGAGACACAGCUGCUUGCGCCAAUGAGAGGUAGGCCUACCCUAUCCCUGUUCUAAUAAUGGUAGGCUACAUCUGCACGGCACCUUCAGCAUUCAGAUGUUUGUAAAAUGGCUUUCGAAAUAUUAAAUCAUAGGCUUUGAGGGACAAUCAAUGUAAUUGGAUGGGUCAUUGUUACCAAAUGCGCUGUUGAAAAUUGUGUUUUACCGGCGGAGCUGUGUAGGCUACCGGAGUGGACACAGCUCACAUCUUGCUGAUUGCACAUCUAACUGCUGAUUGGGACUUUUCAAUUGGCAGGUUCUCCGUACUAAAUAUUUUUGGCAGUUCUGCUUUAAACAGUCUGUGCAUUUGGUCAUUUUUACAUGCACAGGGUAAAGGUGUAAUUUCAUAACAAGGACAGCAAUAAGUUUUGCGAGCUGCACUGGUCAGAACAGGAGAAGAGAGCAGCUCUCCUUCGUAAAGUUCCAAACGUUCAAAACCGUUCUCUUUUGAGACUGUGGUGAAAUCCAAAGCUGUGUUAUAUGAAUUAGCUAUGUAUUUCAUGGCUAAUUUCUGUAGAUAAACAUUGACAUAUUACUAGCACAAUACAUUUUUAUCUGCUAUAUGACAAGUCCAUCAGUGGGUGAUCAGGAUUUCGGACAAAACAUAAAUUGCCAGCUCACACACUACAUCAUAUAUACACACACACGCACGCACAGGGCUGCUCAGAGAAGUCGGCUCAGACAAAUCCAGCUCAGCUCCAUCAGUAUCAGAUAUUAAUUUAGAAUGGAAAAUGAAUUUGUUCAUGCAACAAUUGUUAGUGCAUUGAAUCAAACCGAAUCGCAUCGAUUCGUUCCACUAAUGAAAUCGAAUCGCACCGAAUCGUUUCAAACUGAAAGUAUCGUUCCUGUAUCGGAGCCCAUGUAUCUAGAUGCGUAUCGAAUCGUGCUUGUAAGGAUAGAUGCACAUCCCUAGUGUGUGUAAGUGGAAUGAUAUGAUCAUUAUGUUAUUGAGUGCCUCUGUGGGAGAGUUUUGUUUCUGUGGUAUGUCUAUGGGUAUGUGCGUAAGCAUGUGUAUGGGGUGUAAUGCUGUAUGAUUGCCCUGCUUUUACCUUGUGUAACCCUCCAUGCGUUUUGCAGCUAUUCUGGCCAGUUGAAAGGCAGGAAGGCGCACAUGGUCCCUGAGAAUGAGUUCCACCACAAGGAGCAGCCGAUGAGGAGCACCACCCCUGUCAGCCAGCAGAACGGCCCUGGCACCACGGCCAAACCUGCCACCAACGCCAGCAAGACUGAGGAGGGAGUCAGCGAGGACGCCGGUAAGUGGGGAGAUCCAACCAGUUUGCACUGGGAUCUGGCCUUCUAUCAUAAGAUGAGCUGAUAGGAAAAUAUUAGAACAUCCAUCCCCCCCAGCAAUGAUAUUUACCUUGUGGUUACAUGUCACACACAAUAUGACGGGUGUUAUAGUUUUAAUUAGCAUGGGUCAGUUGUUUUAUUGAAAGGGCCAUUGUGUUCAUGCUGUUGCUGCUUCAUGCUUUGAUAGAUCGAUCCAAGGAUAAAUCUCAGGGGACGGCGAAGCCGGUGAACAAAGCCAACAGCACAGCGGCCAAAGUGACCACCAGCAACGGGAAUGGUGCUCCUAACAGGUAGGCAUGGAGGCCAGCCAGUUUAUCAGCCCACAGCACUGGGGCUGGGAAACAACUUUAUUUAUUUAUUUACUGUUCUCUACUAUAGCUCAUUAAUAUGUAAAAAAGGCUGAAUAAAACAGGAAAGAGAUCGAUCAGUUGUUUGAAUAUUAGUCAGUCAGUAAAUCACCUGAUUGAAAUCUAACACUGCACUUUGAACUGGUGGAUAUAAAGACUAGACAUCUAAAGUUUUGCCUCGUGUGAUUAUAUACAGGGAUUAAAGAAUUACUCUAUGAUUUCUGUGUGAAGAAAAUAUUAUAAGAGAAUGUUGAAUCAGCCUUGGCUCUUGCUUAUCUGCGCGUCCGUAGGAUGUUGUCAAUGUUGAACUCUGAACCAUGUCCAUUCUGUUUCCCUCGCAGCACCAAAGCCAUCAAAGAGAGGGAUGACAAGGAAAAGAGCGGGAAGGAGAAAAAAGAGAAGAAGGAGAAGACUCCAGGCAGCACUCCAGAGACCAAGGGGGAGAGCCGGCGGGAGAAGCAGAGGGAUGAGAGAGGAGCAGUUGGCAAGGAGGAGCGGGCGCCACGUGAGGGUAAGGAGAAGACGCCCAAGGCAGACCGGGACAAGCAGAAGGCGGAAGAGAAGAGCAGCAAAGAGGACAAGGCCAAGGCCGGCAACGGAGAGCCCAAGGAGCCAUCCAGGGAGCGCGACACUGGAGCCAAGGAGUCCAAGAGCAAGGAGAAGGGAGGAGACAGGAGUGCUGUGUCCGGGUCCCUCAAGUCUCCAGUUCCCCGAUUGGAGUCUGCUGAAUCUGAGAGGGGUAAGCAGCCUGACCUUCAACACUGGCUCUGCUCCUAUUCUGUUUCUGAUUGUCUCAUCAUUGUCAACGGAUAAUUGGAGCUACAGUUGAAGUCGGAAGUUUACAUACACUUAGGUUGGAGUCAUUAUAACUAGUUUUUCAACCACUUCACAAAUAUCUUGUUAACAAACUAUAAUUUUGGCAAGUCGAUUAGGACAUCUACUUUGUGCAUGACACAAGUAAUUUUUCCAACAGUUGUUUACAGACAGAUUAUUUCACUUAUUCACUGUAUCACAUUUCCAGUGGGUCAGAAGUUUACAAACACUAAGUUGACGGUGCCUUUAAACAGCUUGGGAAAUUCCAGAAAAUGAUGUCAUGGCUUUAGAAGCUUCUAAUAGGCUAAUUGACAUCAUUUGAGUCAAUUGGAGGUGUACCUGUGGAUGUACAGUGGGGGAAAAAAGUAUUUAGUCAGCCACCAAUUGUGCAAGUUCUCCCACUUAAAAAGAUGAGAGGCCUGUAAUUUUCAUCAUAGGUACACGUCAACUAUGACAGACAAAAUGAGAGAAGAAAAAUCCAGAAAAUCACAUUGUAGGAUUUUUUAUGAAUUUAUUUGCAGAUUAUGGUGGAAAAUAAGUAUUUGGUCAAUAACAAAAGUUUCUCAAUACUUUGUUAUAUACCCUUUGUUGGCAAUGACACAGGUCAAACGUUUUCUGUAAGUCUUCAAGGUUUUCACACACUGUUGCUGGUAUUUUGGCCCAUUCCUCCAUGCAGAUCUCCUCUAGAGCAGUGAUGUUUUGGGGCUGUCGCUGGGCAACACGGACUUUCAACUCCCUCCAAAGAUUUUCUAUGGGGUUGAGAUCUGGAGACUGGCUAGGCCACUCCAGGACCUUGAAAUGCUUCUUACGAAGCCACUCCUUCGUUGCCCGGGCGGUGUGUUUGGGAUCAUUGUCAUGCUGAAAGACCCAGCCACGUUUCAUCUUCAAUGCCCUUGCUGAUGGAAGGAGGUUUUCACUCAAAAUCUCACGAUACAUGGCCCCAUUCAUUCUUUCCUUUACACGGAUCAGUCGUCCUGGUCCCUUUGCAGAAAAACAGCCCCAAAGCAUGAUGUUUCCACCCCCAUGCUUCACAGUAGGUAUGGUGUUCUUUGGAUGCAACUCAGCAUUCUUUGUCCUCCAAACACGACGAGUUGAGUUUUUACCAAAAAGUUAUAUUUUGGUUUCAUCUGACCAUAUGACAUUCUCCCAAUCCUCUUCUGGAUCAUCCAAAUGCACUCUAGCAAACUUCAGACGGGCCUGGACAUGUACUGGCUUAAGCAGGGGGACACGUCUGGCACUGCAGGAUUUGAGUCCCUGGCGGCGUAGUGUGUUACUGAUGGUAGGCUUUGUUACUUUGGUCCCAGCUCUCUGCAGGUCAUUCACUAGGUCCCCCCGUGUGGUUCUGGGAUUUUUGCUCACCGUUCUUGUGAUCAUUUUGACCCCACGGGGUGAGAUCUUGCGUGGAGCCCCAGAUCGAGGGAGAUUAUCAGUGGUCUUGUAUGUCUUCCAUUUCCUAAUAAUUGCUCCCACAGUUGAUUUUCUUCAAACCAAGCUGCUUACCUAUUGCAGAUUCAGUCUUCCCAGCCUGGUGCAGGUCUACAAUUUUGUUUCUGGUGUCCUUUGACAGCUCUUUGGGCUUGGCCAUAGUGGAGUUUGGAGUGUGACUGUUUGAGGUUGUGGACAGGUGUCUUUUAUACUGAUAACAAGUUCAAACAGGUGCCAUUAAUACAGGUAACGAGUGGAGGACAGAGGAGACUCUUAAAGAAGAAGUUACAGGUCUGUAAGAGCCAGAAAUCUUGCUUGUUUGUAGGUGACCAAAUACUUAUUUUCCACCAUAAUUUGCAAAUAAAUUCAUUAAAAAUCCUACAAUGUGAUUUUCUGGAUAAUUUUUUCUGAAUUUGUCUGUCAUAGUUGACGUGUACCUAUGAUGAAAAUUACAGGCCUCUCAUCUUUUUAAGUGGGAGAACUUGCACAAUUGGUGGCUGACUAAAUACUUUUUCCCCCCACUGUAUUUCAAGGCCUACCUUCAAACUCAUGGGAAAAUCAAAAGAAAUCAGCCAAGACCUCAGGAAAAAAAAUUGUAGACCUCCACAAGUCUGGUUCAUCCUUUGGAGCAAUUUCCAAAUGCCUGAAGGUACCACGUUCAUCUGUACAAACAAUAGUACGCAAGGAUAAACACCAUGGGACCACGCAGCCGUCAUACCGCUCAGGAAGGAGACGCGUUCUGUCUCCUAGAGAUGAACGUACUUUGGUGCGAAAAGUGCAAAUCAAUCCCAGAACAACAGCAAAGGACCUUGUGAAGAUGCUGGAGGAAACCGGUACAGAAGUAUUUAUAUCCACAGUAAAACAAGUCCUAUAUCGACAUAACCUGAAAGGCCGCUCAGCAAGGAAGAAGCCACUGCUCCAAAACCGCCAUAAAAAAGCCAGACUAUGGUUUGCAACUGCACAUGGGAACAAAGAUUGUACUUUUUGGAGAAAUGUCCUCUGGUCUGAUGAAACAAACUGUUUGGCCAUAAUGACCAUCGUUAUGUUUGGAGGAAAAAGGGGGGUAGCUUGCAAGCCGAAGAACACCAUCCCAACCGUGAAGCACGGGGGUGGCAGCAUCAUGCUGUGGGGGUGCUUUGCUGUAAAGGGACUGGUGCACUUCACAAAAUAGAUGGCAUCAUGAGGUCGCAAAUGGGUCUUCCAAAUGGACAAUGACCCCAAGCAUACUUCCAAAGUUGUGGCAAAAUGGCUUAAGGACAACAAAGUCAAGGUAUUGGAGUGGCCAUCACAAAGCCCUGACCUCAAUCCUAUAGAACAUUUCUGGGCAGAACUGAAAAAGUAUGUGCGAGCAAGGAGGCCUGCAAACCUGACUCAGUUACACCAGCUCUGUCAGGAGGAAUGGGCCAAUAUUCACCCAACUUAUUGUGGGAAGCUUGUGGAAGGCUACCCGAAACGUUUGACCCAAGUUAAGCAAUUUAAAGGCAAUGCUACCAAAUACUAAUUGAGUGUAUGUAAACUUCUGACCCAAUGGGAAUGUGAUGAAAUAAAUAAAAGCUGAAAUAAAUCAUUCUCUCUACUAUUAUUCUGACAUUUCACAUUCUUAAAAUAAAGUGGUGAUCCUAACUGACCUAAGAGGGAAUUUUUACUAGGAUUAAAUGUCAGGAAUUGUGAAAAACUGAGUUUAAAUGUAUUUGACUAAGGUGUAUGUAAACUUCCAACUUCAACUGUAUUAGUUCGAAUUUGCCAGUUGAGAACUAACUGAAUUUAAUCCUCCUGUUUAUUCCAGAUCACAAAAGGCGAAAACUCGACACCCACUCUUCACCAUCCCAUUCCUCCUCUGUUAAGGUUAGUAUGGCCUGAGGAAGGCUGUGCCCGUGUUUCUUCCCUUUCUGCCGGAGCGUUCCCAACUGUUGCGUGUUCCAUCGUCCCUCAAGAUCACCGAGGAGAGUUCUCACACACGGGAGCCACGUCUGGAAUCACCUUCC